AUGAAGCGCAUAAUGCGCGAGGCUCAGGAGAUGUCCAACUCACCGUCUCCAGAUUACACGGCCUCACCUCUGGAAACCGAUCUCUUCGAAUGGCACUUCACACUCCGCGGCCCCCCAGGUUCUUCUUACGCCGACGGUCUAUACCACGGCCGCAUAGUCCUGCCCCCGACUUACCCUCUCCGCCCGCCCUCCUUCCGCUUCCUGACACCCUCGGGGCGAUUCGAGGCCAACCGCGAGAUUUGCCUCUCAAUAAGUGGGCACCACGAAGAAACGUGGCAACCGGCUUGGGGCGUCCGGACAGCGUUGGUGGCGCUGAGGAGUUUCAUGGAGACGGACUCAAAGGGCCAGCUCGGCGGCCUGGACACGACAGAUGCUGUGCGGAAGAGACUGGCCACCGAGAGCAGGGGUUGGAGGUGUAGUGGCUGCGGGGGCCGGACGAACGAGGACAUCAUCAAAGAAUGUGAGGACGCCGCGAAGGCCGCCGAGGCGGAAGCAGGGGAGGGCAGCAGCAAAAUCCAGGAAGUCGAGGUGCCACCGGAGCUGAGCAUGGGGUUCAAGGACGAGAUGGAGAAGACGGCGGCGGCGGCCGCCGCCGGAGCCGCCGGAGGAAGUAUCGAGGCGACUGCGCAGGCUAUGGAGGACGCGGAAACCGCCGAGUUGGCAGAAGGCUUCGUGCAGACGGUGCCACGAGCAGAUCUCGGGAGUGGAACAGCCGCGUCAACAGCCGCCGGUCUGGCGCAACCAGGCCAGACGGUGCCUCGACCUACAAGAACAGUACCGCUGCCAAAUGUGGCGCACAACACUGCCGUACCGCCACAACAGGCACAACUGCUGCAGCAACAGCACACGCUAAACGACAGAGGGGUACCUAAAUGGAUAGAUAGGGUCAUCGCCGCACUCGUGGUCUGCCUGGUUGGCAUGAUAUUGAAGGUUAUCUUGGGCUUGUAA